AGAGCAGCGGCUUCUGACACGUAGGCUUGGGUUUCUCCCGAGUGGGCGGGUCCCGUGCUGAGAGGUGAAACUUUUCUGUUGGUGGGAGGCUGGCGCUUUAUAUCUGAGUGCGAGGAAUGCUGGGAGGGACUGGCGACGUCGGUGGCGGGAGUGACCGCGCGACAGCCGAGAUUUGCGCGCGCCCUUCCCCCCCACUACCACGUGACCGCCGCCAUCUUGUUCUGUGGGCGCAGAGGGAACUCGACGGUGUUGUGGACCUGCGCAGCGGCACAAAAUGACGGGCGUAGUAGUGAUGAUAUGGGCAUGCGCGAAGGCGGCCCCCAAAUGGCUGCCUCGCUGAUACAGCACCGCCGAUUCCCGCCUUUUCGGCUUUCUUUUUGUACUCGAAUUCACUGCCAUGUCUUCUGAAGAAGGGAAGCUUUUCGUGGGAGGGCUCAACUUCAACACCGAUGAGCAGGCUCUGGAAGACCACUUCAGCAGCUUCGGUCCUAUUUCCGAGGUGGUCGUUGUUAAGGACCGAGAGACUCAGCGAUCCCGGGGUUUUGGUUUCAUCACCUUCACCAAUCCAGAGCACGCGUCAGAUGCCAUGAGAGCCAUGAAUGGAGAGUCUCUGGAUGGUCGCCAGAUCCGUGUGGAUCAUGCGGGCAAGUCGGCCAGGGGAACUAGAGGGGGUGCCUAUGGGGCCCAUGGGCGUGGUCGCAGCUACUCUAGAGGUGGUGGGGACCAGGGCUAUGGGAGUGGCAGAUAUGACAGUCGACCUGGAGGAUAUGGGUAUGGAUAUGGAAGGUCCAGAGACUAUGGUGGCAGAAGCCAGGGUGGUUAUGAUCGCUACUCAGGAGGAAAUUACAGAGACAAUUACGACAACUGAGAUGAGGCAUGGGCACCUAAUGUAGAUACACAAGGAAUAAAACUUCUGAUCCAGGAUCAUCCUUCCAAAUGGCUGUAUUUAUAAAGAUUUUUGGAGCUGCACUGACACAUCUGUUUUAGUUCAUCAACAACUAUUUUUGAAAUGAGCUCCCAAGGUAGCUUGUCACAAAGACCUUUAGAAAGCUCCCAUUUGUUUUCUAGAAUUUCUCCCUUUUAAAUACUAAUCUUGGGACAUUUGUAGAGUCUGGGUAUUUUUCCCUUUUACCAGUUUUUCAGUUUGGGCUCUCAGGAUUACUGAUCAUGGCAAAAAAAUGUUUGUUCAGACUGCUUUUUUAAAAAAAAGAAAAAAGAUGACGUGCAUUUAGGAGCAUUUAAAAGCCUGUAUACAAUGUUUAUCAUGGGUAGGAAACAAUUUUCAAAUGCAAGUAGAAGAAAUCAACACACUUAGAGGUGGGUUUUUUAUUCAAGGUCACCACCCUGAGUAUAGAGAAGUUUCUUAAAAUAUUUGUGAAUGUCCUUUUUUUUUUUUUAGUACUGGAAGAAAAAAUAUUCUGUUGUGUCUCAUUUAGCAUUUUAGUAUGUCUUUCACAGAGCUUAAUAAAAAGUUGAAACAUGAAAACAAA